ACGAACCAAGCUACUUCCUGUUUUGAUUUUUUUUUUUUGAGGGGCUGUUUCGUUUCGCUAUCGUAGCUAGGAGAGAUACCAGCCAGAUAUCUGCAAUGAAACUCUAUCACUUUACUAACAUGUAGGCUGUUAAAAAACAACCCUUAUACAACUAGCGAUACCGACAUAACUACCGUUGUGCUUUGGAGGUUCCAACUGGUUUUGUGCUUGUGGGAUAUGGCACUGAGUUCUGGCGGUUGGGGUAAACCGCCUGUGCCAGCCCCGUCCCAGUCUGUACAUGGCGGGCCCGCGCUGGCUAACUGCAAUACCGUUUUGAUGUCGGUACGAGUGUCGGUUUGCCAUUCGGGUAUUCGACCGCUUUGCCUCCCUGGAGCUGGCGAUGAGGCUCUCCGUCUUCAACUUAGCAUGGACCCCAGCAAAGCUGGAGAGUUUCGGCUAGCACUGAGGGACAUUAGCGGAAGCGGCCGUAGUGUGUUCAUUGCGGAGUUUGACCUGCGCUCUGUGCAGUAUGAGGUCAAGUCCCCAUGCCUUCACGAGAUGCGCUUGGCCACGCCCCCUCAUGACUGUAUCCGCUUCAACUUCCGCUGCGACCUGGAGGCUGAGCAGUGGGCCACUGUGGUGAUGUCAUCACUAAGAGAGGCACACAGAGUUGCUGUAAAUAGUUCCCCACAUCCUAUGGAUGACCGACAGCAGCACGAAGCAGCAGCUCUAGAACAGCGCAGCACAGCCUCCUUACCACUCACUGAGGAGCUGUGCUUGGAGCUUGCCCGGGCGAUCGAGGCAGGUGACAGCCAGGGUGCUGCUCAGCACGCGUCUGCUCUAGCUCGUCAGAAGGCAGUGCUCACUAUCCAACUGUCUGAGAAGAGUUACGCCGAGGGAGAGAUAAGUUUGUCUGUGGCAGUGGAAGACAUCUCCUCUUCCUGUUGCGUCACAGUGAAAGUCUUUCCCCACAUGACUGUCGCAGCACUCAAGCAGCAGGUGUUUUUGGAGUAUGGCUUUCACCCUCGCGUGCAGCGCUGGGUGAUUGGACAAUGCCUGUGCACAGAGCCUAGGUCCCUGGCCUCAUAUGGGGUCCAGAGGGAUGGGGAUACGGCCUACCUUUACUUGGUCUCAGCCCGCCAUGCCCGCCUCACCCGCCAGCUAUUCCAGCAGGACCAGGAGGGUGCCCACCUCACCCCACCUCCGCCUACCAGCAACGGGCCUCUUUCCCAGGACUGGCGGGGCUACAGCACCCUGCCCUCCAGGCUUAGCCACAACACCCAGGGGAGCACCGGAAGUGGGGCCGAGAGGUUGGGUACGAGCGAGAUCCGAGACGCCCUCAACCUGGAGACGCUGCAUCUUAAAGAUAAACCUGAUAAGCCCAGCAAAACCAGUAAAACACAGACCGAAUGGGCGUGUCCCUCCUGCACCUUCAUCAACAAGCCUACCCGACCAGGCUGUGAGAUCUGCAGUACAGCCAGACCUGACUCACGCAAGCACAGCCGCAUACAACAGGAGAAAGGAAGAAGAGAGGAGCAGAUCAGUGCAUUGAGCAGUUAACUGCCUCAACCGUAACCUAUACAAUAAUCUGGAAGACUGAUCACUCACACACCAACUUAGAGCUACAAACCCACCACCACUACUGACAUACUAUGAUGACAAACCUCUGGACACUGCAGCACAGAUAUGGAACUCCACUUGCUGAGGCUCACAAAAGGAACUACCUGUAUAGUCAAUGAGCUGGCUUUUGACUCUGUGGACAUGAGUCAGCAUCCUUUGCCUUGUGGCAGACCAUUUAUUUACCAUUUACCAUUUAUUUAUUUUACAUAAGGGAU